AUGUGUCAAGUAAACUCUCCCCUGCUGACUUUCCGCCUAGGUGACGGUCGAGGUCCCGUCUCCGGACGGUCUCGCCAGGUCUACGAACUGAGCAAGCUCAUAUUGCAAAAGGGCUACACUCCCAUCGUGGGCGCAGGAAAGGCGCGGUGGAACCACGUCCACGUCUACGACCUAGCCUCUGCUUUUGUCCUCCUAGCUGAAGCGGCAGUGGCUAAGAACCUGUCUGACGACAUCUGGGGCGCCAAGGGCUACCAUCUCUGCGAGAACGGCGAGCAUGUCUGGGCUGACCUGGCCAGGAAGAUCUCGGCCAUCGCGGCGGACAAAGGCUACAUUCCCGCCAACCCCAUCGAGAAGCAGCUUAGUAAAGACGAGGCUCUGGGGGUAGCCGGCUUCGAAGCCGUCAGCUGGGGCUUGAAUUCACGGGGAAAGGCGGAGCGAUUGAGAAAGUUUCUGGCCUGGACGCCAAAGGAGAGGAGCAUUGAAGAGGAGGCUGGAAGAAUACUCGAGGCAGAGAGAUCAAGAUUGCAGGGCAAGACGCCGUCAACUUGA